CUUGCACUUGGUAUGUGUGCAGCCCAGGCUGAGCAGAGAAGCAGUGAGUUCGCAGGGGCUGCAGCUGGGUCUGCACUCUGCACGCUCGCUCUGUGGUUCACAUGGCAACCGAGAUGAACAAAUAAACAUCAAGUUAUCAUCAACUUAUCAUCAACUUUACUGCAAGACCUCUCUGACCUGCAGAGCACACUGUCAGCAAUCCACCUCACUGGCUGCGUUUUGUUCCCAGCCCUGGAUUCUACUGAUACAUUUAUUGUGGGUCAUUUCCCUGGGAGAACAUAGACUAUUUCUAUUAUUGCACUUUUUAAAAUAUUUCAUUAUUUGAGUUAUUUUUCUUUUCUUUUUUUGGACUGUUAUUAGCUUGAUGGAGUGAUGGGUUGUUCUAGCAGCACUCAGACCCACGGGCAGGGGGCUAACAAACCUUCUGCAAAGUCAGUGGAGACCAAUGGGCCCAAGAAGAGUGGUAAGUGCUCCCAGUAGCAGGGAUUCCUGAGUGUUCCAUUGGAAUCUUGCGUUUGCUGUGAGUGUGACACUGAUAAAAUGACGGUAAUCUAGCUGUUGUGGACGGCCAGUCUCAUGAUGCUCAGCCAUCCUAUUGUCUUAGGUAUUUAAGCGCUGACUUAGAGCAGAUGUGCCCAGAGCUCAGUGAUACUUCCACGAUACAUUUAGCUUGUGAUCUCUAAGUAUCCAGCCAUGUUUGGCACUUCAGCUGUAAAGGACUCCUACUCCUUUACGCUGAGCCAUGUGUAUUGCUUGAUGUCAAUCCAGAUUGUUAUUCCCACAUGUUCUUUGCUGACAGAUAAUUGAAUUUAGUAAUCAAUGAUAAGACACUGGUGAUGCUGCUCAUUUUUAUAAAGUUGAGUCCAGUCCCCAUAUGGGGAGCAAUUUAAAUAAAAUAUUUUAUAUUUAGAUACAUAUGUGGUUAAAAAGAAUCCAAUGUCACUGUGCAGUUAACAGCCAUGAUGGCAGUCAGAAAGGUCACAUUCUUUGUAGCUGGUGGGGGGUCUGGUAAUGUAUGCUUUCUGAUUGAUUUUUGACACUGCAAUACAGGUUUACUCAACAGAUUUCUCAAAUACCAGGUCUGCCAAAUACAGUGGAUACUACUGUAAGCUUUCAUCACUUUAGUUUCAUAUGAAGAAACACAUACUGUACUUGUUUCUCUUUAUAUUCCCACAAAUGUCAUAUUUACAGAUUUUAUUAAUAUAUUGUUUUUUUGUUUUUUUUAGCAAAUUUAUUUUUUAAUUUAUUUAUAAAAUUAUUUUACCAGGAUGGAUAAAUUGAGAUUUCUCUUGUUUUCAAGUAUGUCCUGAGUCCACAAAACAUUGCAUUGUUACAAUAGGAUACAACUGAUAUUAUUGUUUAAAAAGAUCCAACAACAGUUCUAUAAACCAAUAGACAAGUAGUAUCAAACAUUUCAUGAAAUAUGUCGGGGCAGAUCUCUUGAAAUUUCAAAGGCUAAAAUCUGGCAGGUUUGAUGGAACCAAAUGCCCUUUAUUUGUAAGACAUUAAUGAUGUUAAAUCAUUAAACGAGUAUUGGAUAGGACGCCAGAUUGGUUUAUUCUUCCUAGAUUGUAAGCUCUUUGGGCCUUCUUCGCCUCUUGUAUGUGACUGCAUUAUUUUUCCUGUUAUUGACUUGUUAACCCAACUGCAUAAUUGUAAAUCUUUAAUGAAAAUGCCAGUGCUCUGUAAUACCAAAAAAUAAACAGUGAGUCUGGAUCUAGAAAAAAAUCUUAAUUUUAAGUGAGUUGAAAAUCACAUUUCUAAUCUAUUUUCACCUCCAUUUUAUCAACUGGUUUGUACUCUCACUAAAGCCCACUGUUCAGUGAACAAAUCAAUACAUCAGUGGCUGACCAGGCAUAGGAUCCUUGCAAUCUAAUGCAGAAACAAAUCUAAAACACACAUUUGAGUGAGAUGUAUGUAACAUUUAUUAACAAAUAGUUUUAAUAUUAGACAGCAGUUCCAGGUCUGACAUUAAAUGUGUUAAAACAUAGAAUAAAACCUUAAGUUGUCUGUCUUGUUUCCACAAUGUAAUUUAGGGGAUAUAUAUAUAGGGGGUAUAUUCACUAAUCCAGUAAUUGUGAUGAAUUGACAAGGGAAUUGAAAAAACACUAGCUAAUAAAAAACAAAUACGAAAAUGAGUUGCAGAAAGUUUCCAUUUUCACUAAAAGCCUAAUAUUCUGUACAAUUUCCAGCUGAGCGAAUACAUUCUACAAUUUUAAAGCUUGCUUAAAUAGUGCUGCCUUCCUAGAAGCUAGACAUGCAGCUACUACACUUUAACCCUUUCCCCUUGACUGUCCCACAGGGUGGGACAUUUUCAUUUUCUCAUUCCCACCAGGUGCGACAUCUGAGUAGCAUACAAGUUUGAUGAUCGUACGGCUCACCCAGAGGGACAUAAUGUUAUCUGAUAAAGACUUGGAAAAAAAACACACCCACAAAUGAUUUCUAUAAAUACAUUUGGCAAAUUUGGUGAACGACACUGAAAUUCUAUCCGAGUGGAAACGGUUAAGGCAGGGGUGCCCAGAACGUAGAUCCCCAGAUGUUGUAGAACUACAACUCCCAUGAUCAUUUGCAUGCCUUUAGAAUGCCUUUAGUAUGACCAAGCAUCAUGGAAGUUGUAGUUCUAAAACAUCUGGGAAUCUAGCUUAUUGGCACCCCUGCUUUAAGGUAUCACAUAGGAAAAUCGAUCAUCAUGGUUAAAGUGGCCCUUUUUUUUCAUCUCCUUUUAAAAAAAAAAAAAUUUGGUCCCCCUUUAUAAUACCAUAUGUUUUGGGGUUGCUGUUUUUUUUUGUUUGCUCAUUGAAGUCCUUAGUUUGCACCGUGCAUGCUUGAAACACUUAUUUUGCUCAUGCCCGUUGAUCGGUUGUUAGAAGAACAGUGAGGAUGGAUAUAGACUUAGCAGGACAAAAAUAAGUUUAAUAAAGUUCUCCUGAACAAAUGGAGCGUGCUGGGGGCUUUUGUAAUGUAUCGUCAUGGAUUGAAGAACGAUAAAACUGACAGGGCUGCUGUAGAUACAUCUAAUUUUAGUUCCAAAUCAUUGCAUAUAUCAUGUACAUAUAACAAUUCAUAUACAAGACAUCUGUGUUACGUGUGAAGCUUGUGGUGAAAACUAGUCGGGAAUAAUAGUUAAUCUAUUAAUUGUAGCAGGUUGUAAAGUUAAUGUGCAGCUAAAUCACUGGACCUAUAAAGGAAAGCUAUGUUUGUUUUUGAAGGGGGGAAAUGAACAGCACUGUUAAUCAGGGAGAAUUUAUAGACCUUGUUAAAGCUGUAUAUAUCUAACACGAGAGCCCUGCACUGUCACUAAACUGGGUAAUGUGGAGAAUUAACAAGUAAAUACUAAAUUCUUGGCAAGACAAAUAGCCUAAUUGGAAAAAAUAUCUUACUUGGCAACUUUUCCACCUACGUUACCUUGGCCUACAAAUUUCGGUUCCUUUGUCAAACGUACAUAGUUCCUACUUAUGCGAAUAAAGAUCUAAGGUUCUCCUAGACCUGAUUAUGGCAGACACAUGAUAUAGAAUUUAGAAAAUGUAACACAUGUCUUGAUAUAAUCAAGAUGUAUUUAGUUAUGUAAAGUCCACGUGUUCUCACUAAAAUGAUUUAGUGUCACUUCAUUGUAUUGUGGGCAUAAUGUAUUAAUAGCACAUUGUAUACAUAAAAUUGUUUCAUAUAUAAUAUCAACCUUCUUGGACUUUAUUAUAAUGUAGCAUAGUAACAACUACCUAUGUGUUUGAGAGAUUCAUAGUAACUUUUUGUGUCCAGUGCCCUUAUCCCAUCACAGACUUGAGAUAAGUUGGAACUCUGUGUUGUUGUACUAUAAAACAUGGCAUACUAGCAUGACACAUGUCAUUGUAUUUAGUCACAGUAAAGUCUUUGAAAAACCAAGAAAACUUAUUUUAAGAAAACCUUAAAAAUAUAAAGUUUUAAGAAACACUAUAGGGUUAGAAUUACAAACCUGCAUUCAUAAUGUUAUCGUGUCUCUGUCCCUAGAUCUCUAUAGGUACCUCCCUUCCGCAAUAAACAUUGCUCACCUCUCCGCCUCGUGCGACAACAUAGAUGAGACAUGGCCUCCUUCACAGUGGUAAAAUCCAGAGUUCCUCCUUCAAAUGUCCCCAUAGGACUUAUACUCGGUCAAUGCAGCGGAAGCACCUCUAGUGGCUGUCAAUAAAAAAAACUGCAGUGUUUUACAUUACGGGGUUAAAAGGACUGUAUCACUGCACCCAGACCUCUUCAUUGAGAUGAAGUGGUUUGGGUGACUAUAGUGCUCUUGUUUAAAAAAAUAAAAAAAUAAAUUUUAAAAAUUUAAAAAAAUUCUUAGGGGUUCAUUUUUUUCUUCUCAGAAUUUUACAACAUUAGCCAACCUUUUCUGUCCCUCUCUCCUAACUUUCAUUGUUUGAAUGGACAGCCACAGAAAGUCUGGAUGGGGUUAGAAGUGGAGAGCUUGCAAAGGCUGCAGACUCUUGAACUGCAGGUUUUGCAAGCUGUGUUUGGAUAUACCCACAAUGAAAAAAAUGCAUAAUUAAAUGCAUGCAAGUUUUCAUUUGGAGUAUGUCUACUAAACAGUGAUUUCUAUUUGUUUUUAAUUUGGUCAGUGGAGUGUCCCUUUAAGUGAUACUGAAAACAGUGCAAAUAUGCAGAAAUUGUUACGAUUUGAGAGUUUGGAAAGAGUUCACCGCACAUGCUUCAGGGCCCGGGAAUUUUCAGCACACAGUAUUGUUUUUAUAAUUUUUAUUGUGCAUAUUUUCAAUACAUUAUCCAUACAGUGUGUUAAAACGGAAUGACUUGUUAAAAUUGUGUUUAAGAAAUGGAUGAAGUUCAGCCCAGAGUUUCCUUUUAAAAAUAAACUGUCUCCUCUAGUACUCAUGGGAUUAAAAUGAUGAUAUCAACACAUUAAAUUAUUUAAAAGUCUGCUGAAAGUUUUUAAAUAUUUAGGUUAUACUGUCACUGAACUUGUGUUAUGCAGUCUUGGCAAUACAUAGGUAAUUAUACAGUUAGAUCCGGAAAUAUUUGGACACUGGCACAAUUUUCAAUUCUGUAUGCCACCACAAUGAAUUUGAAAUGAAACAACCGAGAUGCAAUUGAAGUGCAGACUUUCAGCUUUAAUUCAAGGGGUUGAACAAAAAAAUACUUUGAAACUUUUAGGAAUUGCAACCAUUUUCAUACGCAGUCCACUUAUUUGAGGAACUCAAAUGUAAUUGGAGAAAUUAACACAAUCAUAUUUGUCGAGAAUCCUUUGCCGACAAUGACUGCUUGAUGUCUGGAACACAAGGACAUCACAAAUGCUGUGUUUCCUCCUUUGUGAGGCUUUGCCAGGCCUUUACUUCAGUUACCCCCAGUUGAUGUUUGUUCAUGGGUUUUUCUGCCUUAAAGGAAUACAGUAUUAUAGGGUCAGGAACACAAACGUAUUCCUAACCCUAUAGUGGUAAAAUCACUAUCUAGUACCCCCGGCACUCAUAAAUAUAGUAAAAUCUUACCAUUAUAGCAGUCUGCUGGUGCCGGCUGUGCCCCUAAUCUGCCUGCUUGACUGACAUCAUCAGAAAUUAUUAUCUCAGUGUAUUACCCAGUGAAUUCAAAGGAAAGCAUUGGAUUGGCUGAGAUUGAACUCCUGGGUUCCUUUCGCAGUAUGUUUUAGAUCAUUGUCCAUCUUUAAAGUGAAGCACCAUCCAAGCAACUUCACUGACUUUGGAUGAAUCUUAGUAGGCAAUAUAUCCCUAUACAUGUCAGAAUUCAUUCAGCUGCCUCUGUCUUCUGUCACAUCAUCAAUGAGCACUAGUGACCCAGUGCCAGGGCAAAAAUUCUAAGAACUAAGAAAUCUCCAUUAAAAGCGAUGGAAUGAGAUGAAAUGGAGUUGUUAAAUAUAGUGGCACAAAGGUACAGAAACUAUUCAUUUUGAAUUUCAUGGUCAGUUCCUGACAAUUACCAUUUUAGUAAAUAGCUCUGUAUGAAAAUAUCUGUCUACAUGUGUACAACCUACCAUUUCAUGCUGGAAGGGACACCCAGUUUCUUCAUGGAACACUCCAAACCACUAAAGCACUUCAGCUUGCAAGUGCUUUUGGGUUAAACAGUGUCCCAUGUUCUCACUUUAUACAAGAACCAAUUUCAAGAGACAUAUCGUGUCUGGGUCGCACCCUCUUGGCUGACAAUCAGACAUUCGGGAAGGUACUCUUCCUGAUUACUUUGUAAUAUCCAAACCCCAGGAUCAGGCAAGAAGUCAAUACAACAUAUUUAUGAGAAGCAUUGCAGGGAGGCAUAGGGAGGAUGCCACACAUACACCCUCUGUCAGGGAUCGACAAAUCCCAGAUGGCAGGCUGCCAUGGCAACUAGAAUUUUUUGCACUGGUGCCCGGGAUUUGUCAACCCUAACAGCAUAGGCGGCCGCCUGGAGGGCAUUGGAGACGGGUGGUAAACUGACAGAACACCGCCGAGGCGGCGAUGAAGCAAGGAAGUAGCCAGUGAGGAAUACAGUAGGCAGCAAAGUAGCAAUAAUUUUCCAGCAGUUCCUCUCUGCUUCCUCGCACACUGUAUAGGGAUGCCGGGAGCUGGAAUAUGAUGUCACUCUGGCCCCAGCAUCACUACAGAGUGCGCACCAGAGAGCAGAGAGGCACUGCAGGAAGAUGAUCAGAGGAGCCCCACUGGACCCCAGGGAAAGAUAAACAAAGCUCUCCCAAAGGUUGGGAGGCUGGGUGGAUUUAAAUUAAAAUAAAAUAAAAAACAAUUUGUGACAAAGUGUGUGUGUGUGUGUGUGUGUCAGUGUCAGUGUAUGUGUCUAUCAGUGUGUGUGUGACUGUCAGUAUCAGUGUAUCUCAGUGUGUGUGUGUGUCUUUCAGUAUCAGUGUGUGUAUCUGUCAGUGUCAGUGUGCGUGUCUAUGUCAGUAUGUGUCUGUCAGUGUGUGUGUGUUUCUGUCAGUAUCAAUAUGUGUGUAUCAGUGUGUGUCUGUCAGUAUCAGUGUGUGUGUUUAUCAAUGAAUGUAUCCUUUUAGGUUAAUGACCCCCUCCAUUCACAUGGGAAAGUGUUUUUAACCACGUGCCAGUCUCUUCUUGAUGAUCUCCGCUAAACCAAUGUUUUGGAGGUUAUUGCGCAUUCGCUGCACCAAUCAGCAUCUCAUCACAAAGAUGCAUUGACUCAAUGCAUCUCUAUGGGGAACAUUCAGAGCCUCCAUGUAGAACGUGGAGACACUGAAUGCAGGUAUAAAGCAGAGUGGAACUGUGGCAUUACCCACUCACAGCUGGAUUAAAGGUAAAUUAAUUAAUUCUUUUAGAGUGCAAUAUGUGGGAACCAAUGAUCUAAAUACACAUUUAAACACUCCAGGCAAAUUAAAGAAAGAAAAGCAUCAGCAGAGAGCCUGUCCUAGACAAGGAAUACUCUCACUGUGAUCUAUUAGUCUAUGCCAUAACCCACUGUCCUUUCUACAUCUAAUGAGUGGAAUUGCAGAAUAAGCUGAUACCAGCUUAUAAAACUGUAAAUGUGGAAGUGCAUGGCCCAAGCCACUGACCACUGAUCUGUACAUGUAGUUCAGGCUUCCUCAGGGAUUCAAACAUAGGCGGUAGUGACCUGCACAGCAUACGCACACCAUCCAGAUAUUGCACAGUCACAAGACAAUGCAAAGAUUCCUUCUUUGUUAUCACAGAGAAAAUACUUCUAUAAGCAACUGAAUGGAGAGAGACAGGGGUAGGGGGUAGCUUAGUAUCGUAACCAAUGGAUAGGUUAUUAUGGCACUUGGAGUGUCUCUCUAAAAAAUAUAUUUUAUCACCAUGAAAACACCCAACUAGAUUCAUCAAGUUCAACUAGCAACAUAAAGUAAGAUACUCAAAAUGUGGGAAACAGUAUUUAAAGGACACUCCAGACUCCUAAAGCAUGCUAGCUUGCUGAAGUUCUUUAUGUUUGAAGAGCAUGUCCUCUUUUUCCAUUUUUACAAAAAGUGCAGAUUUUAAUCGAAAUUGGCACUUUUAUAAAUGGACCUUGUUACACCCCACUAGUUGUCAGUCAGACAACAGGUCCUGUUACUUCCUGGUUUGGAGAUAAACUUAAGAGCAGAGGCGUAACUAGAAACCACGGGGCCCCUGGUGCGAAAAUUGCCCUACAUGUAGACACACACAUACACACACAGUCACAGACAAACACAUACAUACAAACACACCCACAUACAUAUAGACACACAGACACAUACAUUCAAACACACACACACAGAGACUCAUACAUACAGACACACACAUAUACACACACACAUAUACAUACAUACAGACACACACAUGCAUACAGACACACGUACAUACAAAUACACACAAAGACACAUACAUACAGACAUACAAACAAACACACACACACAUACAUACAGACACACAUACACACAGAGACACAUAUACACAGAGACACAUACAUACACAGACACACACACACACACACAGAGAUAUGUGCUAAAUGUCACCCCCCUGUUCCCUACCUUUUAGGUGCAGGAUGGUUACUUUCCCUGUGGUCCAGUGCAGUGGCGUACACAUGACCCAUGGGGCCCCGGUGCGAAAAUUGAUCCGUGGGCCCCCCCCCCGGCGCACGGGCCGGGCCGCAACACAUGGCGGUGGGCACCUGGUCGCAGGGGUUACAGGGCUGCGACCCCUGCGACCGCGGUAUGUACACCAGUGCAUGCAGAUGCACACACACUUAAAGGACCACUCUAGGCACCCAGACCACUUCAGCUUAAUGAAGUGGUCUGGGUGCCAGGUCCAGCUAGGGUAACCCAUUUUUUCAUAAACAUAGCAGUUUCAGAAGAGGCUGGCCCUGUGGGUACAUACCGGGUCGCAGGGGCGGCCGGGCCCCCUGGUGUGCCGGGCCCGGUCGCAGCCGCGACCCCUGCGACCCUGGUAUGUACGCCACUGGUCCAGUGGCUCAGGCUGAUGGGAAUCAGAGUUCCCACUCUGACUCCCUCCUUUCUUUCUCCUGUGUGGGCUCUGUGAUUGAAGGGAGGAAGUGACCUGGGCAGUCACGUCCUCCCUGCACUCUGAUGUCAUCAAAGCUGGCCAUCCUUGGUAAAACUUUUCAUUGAGUUGCAUUGGGAAGUCUGUUACUGAACAACCACAGAAGGUUUGGGCUGUGGAAAAAGUUGAGGUCUUGCAAAGGCUGCAGACAAGGUACCUGCAGCUUUUACCUGCUGAUUUUAGCUUAACCCCCAAAUAAAUACACCCCAGUUUGUUUUCAUUUGGGGUGUAUCUACUAAAUAGUGAUUAUUAUAUUUUUGUAUUUGGGCAGUGGAGUAUCCCUUUAAUAUUGCUUAGAAAAUCACCCUUACACAACAUGUAAAGUAAGUGAGAGACAUGACACCAUUGGUAAACCAACAAUGAAAGUGUUCAUGUUUGAAAUAAUUAAACAGUAAAUCACCAUGGAAUGAUCACAUUGCAGGCUGGGUAGGGUAGAGCGUAACAUGAUGUAGCUGCCUCUGCCUUGGUUAUAAAGAUAAUUCUUCAGAAACACAUUUACAGGGUUAUUCAAUAAAGUGAGGAUUGUUGGAAAGUCAAAGUGAAUUCAAAGUAAAUUUCAAAAUUCAGGUUAAAAUAAAAAAUCUCUGUCAGCUAUGCCUCUCAUUCAGCUACUUUGCUUUUAAAUUUGAUAUUCUCUUUGAAUUCCCAACAAUUCUCACAUUAGUAAAAAAAAUAUUGGGGGCAUUAGUCCCAAAGUGAAUAACACACCAGGAUGUUUCAGCUUCAGUGUGAGAAGGCUUGAGGGAUAGUGUGGAUAGUCAGAGUUGACUUAAAGUUUCCUCCACAUUUCCCAUGACGUUUUAUUUUUUAUUCUCCUGAUUAGUGCAAGCACUUGGCCUAGGGACAUAUUUAGGUUUCUACCCUGCAUCCUGAAACAUAUGCUUCUCAUGCCACCAUUUUACCUCAUAACAGCCUUGUAUAUUUCUGGAAUCCCGAAGGACACAUGGAAUGGUCAGACAGGCGCAUUGUAAUACCCUAAGGGAACAGUUAUUUUAAUAUAUUAAAACAUGAAGAAGCCUUCUAAAUAAAUAAAUACAUAAAUAAUACUGUGCAAAAUUAGCUGCAACCCCAAAUGUGGGAACAUAUAGAUGUACGUUUAUGCAAACUGUGGGAACAUAUAGAUGUAAGUCUUGUUGAUCUACCAGACCCCAGCAGGUCAGGGCCUCCAAAUCUGAAAAUGCUGAUCACAUUUCAUUAAGGAGAACUAGCACUUCUAACAACAUUCCAUGAGAUGGUUGAGAGAGUUAAUGAAAUUCGCAUGAAAUGCAACGGAAAACAUCAGAAGAAACGUGGACAAAAAUAUUUCCUCCCAUGUAAAAGGGUUUAUUUGAAAAAAAUGUUUGUGAAUUUACCUUAGUGUUUCUUAUUUAUAUGUCACUAUGUUUGUCACCAAAUGAUGGGCAAACAAAAGAAUACUCCUAGGAAGACAGCAUUAAUCCCCAGAUACCUAUACUUCCAGAACCGUAAACAAUGUAACAACCGAGAAGGACCAUCACAUCUUGCCAUGAUUCAGACAGCUUAAUUGUAUGUUAGCAAAAAUACUUAUGACUGUUUGCAGCUAUAAUGGGUUAUGCUUCAUCAUUUUCAGGCUUGUUUAAAGGGGCAAUAUAAGCACCAUAACCACUACAGUCUGAUGUACUGUUUUAUAGUGACAGGAGUCCACUGGCACCGUCCUACGGUAAGGACUGCAACCUUUUUUGAAUGGUUUGACACUUACCUGGUCCUUUAAGUGCCCAUGACCCUUACAAUCACAUCAAUUCUGUCUCCUUGGACUUAAAUACAAGCUUUUAAAGUCCUAGUCCGAUUUCAAGGUCCUACGAUUUUGAAGAUAUGUAUACAUUUGGUUGAUAAUGUUAGCUGAAACUGUAGUGGUUAUGGUGUUUAGACUUCCCCUUUAAGCCAUCUGCUCCAAUUAAAUUUGUUUACAUAAAGGGAGCUUUUGGAUGGCAACUAUGGAUUGCAACUAUAGAUGGUGACGGUAGGCUGAGAUAGCUGAGGACAGAUUAGCCCAGGGUUCUCGUCCUGUGAUAGAGUAGCUGAGCUGUAUGUGCCAGGAGUCUAUAGUUUAUGCCAAAUAGUUCAAACCAAUUGAAAUAAAUCAGAUGGUCAGAAUGCACCAUAACCACUAGAAUGAGCUUUAGUUAUGAUUGGUUACCUUACUUUGAGAGCCAUUUUAACUAUUAAUUACAGAGAACUGACAAACGACUUGCAAAAAGUAGGCCACGGUAGCUAAUACUUCUAUAGUUCAACUAUUUUUCCACCUCAUCUAUUUUUCUAUAAAAGUUUCAGUUCCCUUGUCAGCUUUCCACAGUUCCUGAAUUAGUGUAAAAGACACAGUGACACUGACAUACUUUUUUUUUUUUUUCUUACAAAUUCCCUGAUUCCCACUACUCAAAUUAGCAAAAAGGUGAUCUAUUUUUUUUUUUAAUUAAAACAUAAUUCAUUUUUCCAAUUUAGUAGCUGUUAAAGAAAUUCCUUUUAGUGUCUGUUUAAUAAAUUACUUGAUUUUGAUUGUACAAACUUUAAUGUAGCCAGUGUAGCAAAAAAUAACUAUUAACUAAUGUUGGAGAAAAGGCAAUGUGUAUAUAGUAUUUUCUUCAUUGUUGUAUGAUUUACUCAACAACAGAUAUUGCAUCAAUUAAAAAAAGAUACCAAAAAUAUAUCCAAGUUGUUAUGUUGCCAAACGAGGACUGAAACUCUAUAAGGAAGCUAAUUAGUCUAAUGACUUGUAACACGGGAAUGUCUGUUUCGGCAUCAGUAGAUUAAUUGCCUACAUUGUGUACGAGCUUGGAACUCAUUAGAUAGCCAGGCUUAUUAUUCUAGAAAUCCAGGUUUAUGAAAGUUUUAAAAAAAAAUUAUUUUAUUUUUAUAAAGAUGCUACCUUUUUUUUCUUCUUAGUUAAUUUCCGAAAGAGAAAAGGCUGAGUUGAUUCUGUGUAUUUGGACUUAACCCAACAACUCUGAUGUUUGAACAAGUAAUAUAGAAAUUACAUUAACCAUCUGAGCGUUCUCUCUGGUACUUAAAGGGACACUCCACUGCCCAAAUAAGUUUAAUACAUGAAAAUCACUGUUAAACAUACCCAUACCUUUCGCUAUGUACUUUUUCAUUGUUGGUAUUUCUAAAAACAGCUGCCCAAAUAAGUUUAAUACAUGAAAAUCACUGUUAAACAUACCCAUACCUUUCGCUAUGUACUUUUUCAUUGUUGGUAUUUCUAAAAACAGCUGCCCAAAUAAGUUUAAUACAUGAAAAUCACUGUUAAACAUACCCAUACCUUUCGCUAUGUACUUUUUCAUUGUUGGUAUUUCUAAAAACAGCCUAGAAAAGCUGCAGAUCUCUUAUCUGCAGCCUUUGUUAGCCCUCCUCUUCUAACCCCGCCCAGACUUUCUGUGGCUGUCCAAUCAUAGACUCCCCAAUGGAACUCAAUGAGAAGUCUUUGCAAGGCAGGAACGUUGGACAAUUGCUGCCUCUUGAGUUUAGCUCCACUGAGCUAACCAAACCAGGACGUAACAGGACUGUUUGUAUGAAUGACAGUAAGGGGAGUGUAACAAGGUUAAUUUAUGAUAGUCCCUAUUUCUAUUGAAAUCUACAUGUUUUGUGAAAUGGAAUUUAAAAAAAGGAUACACUCUUAACACAUGAAGCACUUCAGCAGGCUGUAGUGCUUUAGGGGUCUGGAGUGUCCCUUGAAGACAUGGUCCCCAACUGUGCAUAUAUGAGUAUAGGGGCUGUAAUAUAUGUGUAUUUGUAUUGAGGUUGUAGUGUGUGUGUGUACGUGUUUAUAAGGGCUGUAAUAUAUGUGUAUUUGUAUUGAGGUUGUAGUGUGUGUGUGUACGUGUUUAUAAGGGCUGUAAUAUAUGUGUAUUUGUAUUGAGGUUGUAGUGUGUGUGUGUACGUGUUUAUAAGGGCUGUAAUGUGUGGGUGUACAUGGACUGUAGCGUGCAAGUAUGGGCUCUAGUAUAUGUGUGUGUAUGUGUAGGGGCUGUGGUUUAUGUAUGUACAGAGGCUGAUGUGUGUAUAGGGGCGUGUUGUCUAUAUAUAUAUAUAUAUAUAUAUAUAUACAUAUAUACACACAGUAUAUAUACUCACUUCUUUUUCAGUGAGCUCAUAGAAGCAAAGCAUUUGGUCUGCGCAUGCUGGAGGUGCAGACCAUGUGCUCCCUGUAACCUUUUUGCUGGUUUGUACAAUGAGCAAGCGAGGGAGAUCUUUCAUCUCCUUACCGGAUUAUGAAGAAAAUCCAUAGUAGGAGUGUCUAAUGAGAAGGUUAUAAAGAUGAGAAUCCCAAAAUGUAAAGGAAAAAAAGCCCAACACUCUUUCUUAGAAGGAAAAACAUGGAAAAACUAACUAUACAUUUGUUAGCAACUUGGAUAGCACAAUGUGUAGAUUAAAGUGAAUAUCCAAUAAAGAGACACCAAGUGAUGAACAGUGUACACAGUGUAGAUGUGUUAAUGAAUUGUACAUUCACAAAAUGUCAGUUAUUGGAAUUUAAAAAUUUAGGACAAAUUCACUUUGCAUUCCCAACAAAUCACACUGUUUGUGUUGGCGCAAUGUACUGGCUCACAUCUCUUUUCUGUUGUGUGUGAUGUUGAGGACUCGGAUUUGACAUAAAGUGGAGCGAGACUAAAACAUUCAACAUGCCUAGUUGUUACUCAGCACCGGGAAACUGGUGGUGUUCAAACAAAAUAUUAUUAAACAAUGUGAUGUGAUCCUUAACAAAUCCAUAUUUUAAUACCUUAUGCCGCAUUUGACCUAGCAAAGCUGGCAAAACAUUGCACUCAGAGAGUUAAAGGGUUACUCCGAGCAACAUGACCAUUUCAUUGAUUUGAAGUGGUCAUGGUGCUUGGAGUCUGUAUGUGCAGCGUUGCGCUAUAAAAUGAUUUUAACACUUUGGCUUCCAGAGGGGUAACUGUUCCUCCAGCAGAGUCAUUGGGGGACAGAGUUCCUGGCUGGCUAAUUUCAGUUCUGUUAAAAUUUUCAUGCACUGGCUGCCAUUAAUUGGCUGAAAGCGGUCAGCUGACGCUCUCAAACAAUGAAUGGUGACUGGAUCGGCUUCUGCAGCUCUUCACAGUGCUGAAAGCAGCAGCAGACUGUAGUAGUUAUUAUGCAUGGAGUAACCCUUUAAGGAUUAAGGGUAAAUGGCAAUGCAUGCAUGGAGCAUAUUGGAUACUAGUGGGAUCUCUGGCAUAUAUAUUCAUAUAUGAAUGUUCUUAUAAUGUUCAGUUAGCUAUAAGGUGUUUUGUGAACUCCAUUCACCUUGUGUCUGGCUUUCAAACAUGGCAAAUGUAUUUCUCAAACAAGUAUUUAGGCAAAACAGUAGCAAAAUGCUUCAUGCUAACGGCCUUUCUAUUGGUUUCAUGGUGAUUAAUGCUUAUUUAGAUCUUUGCCCAAGAAUAACGUACCUCCCAAGCUAAGGAGAGACAAUCCCUAAUUUGGGCCAAAAUCCCUCCGUUCCACUAUUCUAUCCCAAUGUCCCUCUUUUGUAAGAACUCCAUACUGUUGCUGUGUCUGAGUGUAUAACGAAGCUGCACACAAUAAUACUCUCAGUAAUGUGUCUUUAAAGAAACACUGUGGGGUCAGGAACACAAACCCUAUAGUGUUAAAACCACCAUUUAGAUGACUUGCAACCACUUAUCCCCCUUAAAAGAAAGGAAAACUUACCUUAUUUCCAGCGCAGUGCGGGUCUGCCGCCACUGGCCCCGCCCCUGAUCUGCCUCCUUGCUGACAUCAUCAGAAUGAUUUUGAAUCUAUGCAUCUCAAUGAGGAAAGUUCUGCGUCUUUAGGCACUGCCCCAGGUAGCACCUCCAGUGGCCAUUUGAGGAGUAACCACUGGAGGUGUCCCUAGGGGGCAAUGAAAAGACAGUGUUUACAUGAAAAUGCCUGCACGGAAUGAUUAAACUAAUUAAGCUGUAGUUGUUCUGGUGACUAUAAUGUCUCUUUAAACUACAAUAAAUGUGUUUAGAAAUCAGUCUGUGUAAAUAAUAUACACCGUUCUUGUUUAAAAUUACAGUUUAGUUAUAUAAAUUGUAUUUGCAACUCACUUCAUAUUUCUUAGAACAGCCUGGCCACACACACACUCACAUCUUUAAAAUGAAAUUGUCCCUCUUUGUCCAUUUGAAAUGUUAUGGAAUAGCCCUGAUAACGCUUCCCCAUCAUGUUAAACAUUGACGAAACCUUGAUCGGUGAGCAAAAUUUCAGCCUUGUUAAACAAGUUCUUUAUCUAUUCACAAUGAUCCUAUUGUUGUGGUGGAAAUGGAACAUUUACAAAAUGCUGAAAUUGAUGUCUAAUGAAACGUCUCAAGGUAUAAUUAAAAUGGAAAACAAUGGCUAAGUACAGAACCAAAAAAAAUUGAAUUGAAAAAAAUAUAUCUGACUCAGCUGUUAAGCCAGUUUGUCAGUGGUGGCCUGCAGGUUACAAUUCGCUUGUUUGUACUGCUAUUCACAUGUUUGUGAACAAACGCCCAAUUAGUGCAAGUGGUUAGAGCAAGGAAAGAGGCAUGUACCAACGCUAACGUCACACAUAUUACAAGGUAAGACUCCACAUUGAUAUAACAGUGACCAGAACCACUACAGCUUAAUUAGUAUAAUCAUUCCGUGCUGGCAUUUUCAUGUGAACAUGGCCUUUGUCAAUUAUUCUAAGCACCAUGACCAUUUGAGUGAUUGAAGUGGUCAUGGUGGCUUGGGUCUUUAUGUACAACGUUUAACUUUAAAACAUUGCACAUACAGAGUUUAACCACUUAGCAUGCCAGGUGUAACUCACAAGAGUGUCAUCAGCCAUCCCAGAACUAUCCGAAACUAGAUUUCUGGGCUGGCUAAUGUCAAACUUUUGUUGCACAGAACGCCAGUUAUUGGCCUUGAGCGGUCAGCUGACGCUCUCAGCCAAUGAAUGAUGACCUCCGUGGCUACCAGGCUGUAAUGGUAUUGAUGCUUAGAGUACCAUUUAAAAACUUCUUGUACCUUCUGUGGGUGAUUUUAAAAUACGCUCAGCGGUUUUAUUAAAUGAUAAAAUGUUUAAAGCUAACCUGGCAAUGGUAAAUAAUCUUGGAAAGGCGGAAUCUAAUUAGCUGACAGAUUCUGAUUGGCUGCUGACGCUCCAUGCUCUUUUCAGCUUUUUUUUUUUUAAAUCAGAUAUGGACUAAAUUUGGCAAUUGGUGCCACAAUACCAAGAUGGCUACAUCCACAAUUAUAAUUCAGAUAUGGAGUCUUAUCUUGGUUAGGAGGAAAUAAAUACAUUCUAUUAAUAAUAUAUAUUAAAACUGAUUAAUAUAAGGAAAACAUUAGUGAAAUAGCACCUUCAUAGCAACAAUUUAAACACUUAAAGGCACUCAAACAACUUUGGUUUAAUGAAACAGUUUUGGUGCAUAGAUCAUGUCCCUGCAGUCUCACUGCUCACUUCUCUGCUGUUUUAGAGUUAAAUCACUUUGGUUAUGCAGCCCCAUGCACACCUCCCUGCAUGUCACUCUCACAACCUUCCUAAAUUGUAGAGAGAAAUCUAAUGUUUAAACUUCCUUUAUUGCACAGUCUGUUUAAUUUAGAAUUUAACAUCUCCUGCUCUGUUAAUUGCCUUCUAAACCCUGCAUGAACCUGUUGUGUUUGAUCAAAGUUCAAUUUAUAGAGCAGGAUAUUUUUUUUUUUAUGCAGGCUAUGUGAGUCACAGUCAGGGGAGGUGUGUCUAGGGCUGCAUGUUCAGAAACAAAAUAAUUUAACUCCUAAAUGGCAAAGAAUUGAGCAGUGAGACAGUAGGGACAUGAUCUAUAUACUAAAACUGCUUCAUAAGCUAAAAUUGUCUUGAUGCCUAUGAUAUCCCGCUUGCUUUAUGUAUUUUGGAGUAUUCCGAAUAAGCAAUACAAUUUAAAAAUAUUUUUUUUAUCUUGCAUUUUCAGCUUCUUCAGAUAUAAGUGAUCAAACUGUAGAUGACGUUGAAACUAUUCCAGACCAAACUAAAUUAGUACCAGAUCAUGAAGCAUCAACUAAUGGCAUCCCACCAGAAGAAGAGCAAGUGGAAGCCAUAGAAGCGGUGGAAUUGGAAGCCUCUGAGCCAGCAGAUGAAACCAGCACUGCUCCAGAAAAUGACAAAACAUUAGAACAAACAGACCAGUCCACAGAAGUGCAGGAAAAUCACGACAAUGUAUUAGUUGAAGGUAAAUUGUCUACCACACAUAAUACUAAAAAUCUUCUUUCUUUUUGAAUAGUUUUUUAAAUAUCGGGACCCAUAUGUCGGUACUCAUGCGAUUCUAUGUGUUCUUCAUUGUUAGAAACAGGCAGGUCAAACUCUGUAUGUGCAGUGUUACAGACUUCAGGCACCAUGACCACUUCAAAUCACUGAUGUUUAGCAAAAUGAUUUGUAAUGUUCGUUAUAUUACGCUACAACAAAGGAUCAUAGCUUGUUAAGUGAAUGCCUUGUACAUAGUUUGAGAAGAGAAGAGCAAGGACCAGUGCUUUAUAUGAUUUAUUGAUGCCAUAUAGUUAUGUAUUUUAUAUACACUUAAAGAGUUUUGCUUUGAUAUUGGCAGGUGAGCUUACACUUUAAUGCCCAUUGCAGUAAUAUUGAUAACUCUGUUAAAUAAAUGGACAGGCAUUUGGGAAAGCGCACAGAUAAGUUUGUUUUUUAAUAUCCCACUUUACUUACCAUAGCAUUAAUACAUUUAAGGACAGUUACAGUUAUAUAGUGUUUAUAUGUAAUAGCGGACCCAGAGCGGAAAACAGACCAGGGAUGGUAUUUAGCCUAGAUGAUUUUCUUGUGUUACGCUUUGGUAGAUAGAGACGUUUUCUGUUUGUAUACUGAUUUGUUUACUGGAUUGUGUUAACUUUGCACCCGCCAUGGUCAAUAUAUUGUUACAUUAGAACAUUAUACGACCUGUAUUUCUGUGUAUAAACUUGACUAUACUAAUUACAUCUCCAUGGUGACCGUGUUCAGGUGAGAUUGAAGAAGCAGUGGAAGCCAAGAUGCAUGAAGAGACAGUGGACGAAGGGGGAGAGACAAAGGACGAGGAAACCGGACACUCAGUGGAUGCGGCAGAGCCAGAGAUCAGUACGUUAACUGGGGAAUGAAAGACAAUUUCAUUAUCACUCAGGUGACACAAAUGUUGUGGUUCUCUUAAUGAGCGGAUCUUUCAAUGGAAUACUCCUGUUACUCAUGUCAGUAGUAAUGUGAAGAGAUAUACUCAUAUGUUCAACGUUUUACAGUUAAAGGUCUUUACAACCUGCAUCUAGUUGCGUAGCUUAGAAGAGCGGGUAUGAAUAGGGAUGAUCAUGUUUAUGGUACUCACAAUCCAGUUCACAUUGUUUUUUUAAUGAGUGCUUAAUGAUUUAGUAAUUCACAACUCCACUAAUUGCUAAUCGCGCAUAUUUGAGCAAAAGUAAUUUAGAUUUAAAAGCCAGACUUAAAAAAAAAAAAAAAAUGUAAAUGAAAAAUAAAUCAAUGCAUAGGAUAAAGAUAAAAUAAUAAUAAGAUAUUAUAAAGUUAGUAAUUAAAUACUUAAACUAUAUUAUUAGUGUAAAGAUACUCUAUGCCUUCCAUGGAUUUCGGCUCUAUUUAAUGAUUUGCGUUUUAUGUUCAUGACCUUUGCUGUGGUUCAGUAAUUAAUACACUUGUGGACAAAUGCAUUUCAGGUGGGUCGAUUCAUUCAAAUUCCUUCUCAAUGCUUUCCUAUGGACGCUGGCAUCGUCUCACUGUGAAAAUCACAGUGAGAAGCUCGGGAAGCUCCUCUAGCGGCUGUCAAUGAGACAGCCACUAGAGGCUGGAUUAACCCAUAUGUAAACAUAGCAGUUUCUUUGAAACUGCUAUGUUUACAGCAGGCAGGGUUAAACCUAGCUGGACCUGGCACCCAGACCACUUCAUUGAGCUGAAGUGGUCUGGGUGCCUAUAGUGGUCCUUUAAGAGAAAAUGUAAUUUUAAAAAAAAGAUAGUAUCCAUCAUAAGAAAGAAAAAAAUGUUUAGAGAGAAACCCUGCAGUGCAGCUAAAGAGACACUUUAAGCAUCACUGGUUUGAUCUAAAAUAAAAUCAAUAAUCAACUUUCUGAAGUUGAUCAAAGAACUCCCACCAUAACCAUACCCAUAUUAAGAAUAGCAGACAUGUUGUAUGUUUUUUUUUCUAAUUUGAUAAUAAUAAUAACAAUAUGAUUUUAUAAUUUAAUUCACUGUGUUUUGUCUCUCAUAGGUGCUAGUAACCUGGAAGAAUAAAGCCUUUUAUCGACAAAUGCUCAACGACAUGAACAAUUUUGUACAGCUGGGAGUGUUAUUUUUUUGGGGGUAAUAAAUCUGAAAAAGGUCUGUUGAAUUGUACACAUAGAUGCCCUGACCUCUUGUACCAAGUCACAUUGCCAAGCCUUUAGCCAGUAGACUGAGGACCUCUACCACACUAUAUUGUUGUGCCUUAUCAACAAAUUCAGUGUAAAUUCCCAAAAGCAACUAAACGUGUGUGAGCUCUACUUCUUGCUUAUGAUGAGACGAAGAUGGAGAUGAAUUCUUCUCUUGAGACGGAUUCCAUAUAAAACCUGAAAUGUAUCAUGGCUUCUUUUUUUUCUUGUCUUCUUCAUGGGGUUGGUCAUCUGGAUUUCACAAAUAAUGCUUUUUAGCCAUAAAUUAUUUGUAAUAUAUAACCGUCUAGAACUUUGGUGAUUCGCACUGUCUGCAAAACCUUCCAGAAUAAAGUCAUUUGUCCUGUCAUUUUAAUGUAAUCUGGUAAUUUCUUUAUACAAAUCUGGACAUUUAAUGUUCUAUCAGAUUAGCCCUUUAUUACCCAUAAAGGUGGACAAGCUAAGUCAGAAAUGUUUCCUAUAACCUCUAGCAACUCAAUUCUUAGCUAGUAUAAGUUAAUAUGCUA